CCAAGUGGUUCAGCCCCUGGUCCCUCCUGUCUCAGGGCUUCUCACUUAAAGGAGGCUGUGUUCUGUCCUUCUCCUGACCGCUCCUCUUUUGUUCUACAGGGCUUGGUUGGAGUUGUUAACCUUCUCUGUAGAGGUCGCGUUGCCCCGUCCAUCCUCCCUCAUCUCUGCGGGGCAACACUCCUGGCCUGCCAAAAGAAGGGGGGCGGUCUUCGUCCCAUCGCUGUUGGGGAGGUUCUUCGUCGUUUGACAUCCAAGUGUGUUUCCCGGGCAGUCCGAGCCGAUACCAUCACUACUCUUUCCCCCCUCCAAGUUGGAGUGGCGGUCCCUGGAGGCUGUGAGGCAGUCGUCCAUUCGGUGUUGACUUCUCCAAUGCUUUUAACU